AUGCACCUCCCACUCAACUUAUUCCCCCUAUUUACCUUAUUAUUCAUCCUCAUACCCGCCCAAGCAAGCCCCCAUGCCACCACCAUCCAAUCCGACCACAACAAUCUCCUAAACUGGGUUCAGAACACCAACAACCGCCUCAGCAACUUCGAUGGUAGCAUCUCGAAGGGAUUCCCUCUACUUCAAACAGCCUAUGAGAUGUACCAGCUCACCAAGAACCUCGAAACCCAUACGCAAAACACUCCAGCAUUUGACGAUGAGGAUAGCGCUACCCUAUACAAUGGAACAGUCGAGUUCCGAACGGCUGCUUCGGAUCUUGUUAAUCGGUUUGCUACUAAAGUCCCUCACUUUCGCAACAUGAAUGCAUUGCCCGUGGCUCGCAAGCUCCUUCAAUACGUUCAUGAUAAGAAUGCGGCCACUGUAGAUAAUAUGGCAUCGAAGGUGACGGAGCCUCAUCGAGAGCCGUUUAAAGAUGCAGCAGGUGAUAUUGAUGAUUAUUAUUCUGCUGCUUUUCGUACUAUGGAUGCGGCGAAUGGGGACACUUCUGGGAAUUGA